CGGAGACGCCAGUACGUCAUUAUGCGGAUGGCGGCAGUGAAUCAAGGCGGGAAAAGCCCGUUUAGUAUGGCCUCGCAGCCUGUCCGCUGUCCUUACGCACGUAGUUGUCCCGAGGUGCGGUGGGGCGUGAAUGAAUUCUCCUCUUCCUUCGCGAUUUCAAGGCCAGGCAGUGCGAGUCUCUAUGUGGAGCAUCCGCAGAUCUUUGAUUGGGGAGGUAUUGAGCUGGCCACUAGCUACGAAGCACAGAUCUCGGUUUGCGUCCCGCACGACGUGCCAGGGCUCCCAGCUGCCUACACACGCUGUC